AUGUGUUCCCACCAGCAGAAGCAGCCAUUUGUCCCCCCGCCUCAGCUUCCACAGAAGCAGAUCAAGCAGCCCCACCAGCCUCCCCCUCAAGUGCCCUUUGUUCCUGCUACCAAGGAGCUGUGCCCUCCAGUUGUUCCACAACCUGGAAUCACCAAGAUUUCAGAACCCUGCCACACCAUAAUCCCUGAGCCAGGUUACCCUAAGGUCCCAGAACCAUGCCAAUCCAAGGUUCCAGAGCUGUACCCCUCAAUAGUCACUCCAGACCCCAACCAACAGAAGACCAAGCAGAAAUGA